UCUACCGCCGCCUCUGCGUGUGUAUCCUUCCGCAGAGCCGGUGCGUCACAGCCGCAACACGCGCAUCUGACGGCCCGCCACAAUCCCGGAUUUCACAUCCACUGUCGGGCGGUCUAUCCGAGUUUGUGUUAAUAAAUCACUUUAUUGUUCUUAUAAGAGUUUCGUCUGUCGUGUCCGGGGCGGUUUAGGCGUCGGUGUUUGUGUUAUAUACGGCUCGCCAUGGCUGACAUCGACAAGCUCAACAUAGACAGCAUCAUCCAGCGCCUGCUCGAGGUCAGGGGAUCGAAGCCCGGAAAGAACGUUCAGCUUCAAGAGAACGAAAUCCGUGGCUUGUGUCUGAAAUCCAGAGAAAUCUUCCUCAGUCAGCCCAUCCUACUGGAGCUGGAGGCGCCGCUGAAGGUCUGCGGUGAUAUCCACGGGCAGUACUACGAUCUGCUCCGGCUCUUUGAGUAUGGAGGAUACCCACCUGAGAGCAACUACCUGUUCCUCGGCGACUACGUGGACCGCGGCAAACAGUCUCUGGAAACCAUCUGUCUGCUGCUGGCGUACAAGAUCAAAUACCCCGAGAACUUCUUCCUGUUGAGAGGGAAUCACGAGUGUGCCUCCAUCAAUCGCAUCUAUGGCUUUUAUGAUGAGUGCAGGAGACGCUACAACAUUAAGCUCUGGAAGACCUUCACAGACUGUUUCAACUGUCUGCCCAUCGCCGCCAUUGUGGACGAGAAGAUCUUUUGUUGUCAUGGAGGCUUGUCUCCAGACCUGCAGUCCAUGGAGCAGAUCAGAAGAAUCAUGAGACCCACAGAUGUUCCAGAUCAGGGUCUCUUGUGUGAUCUGCUGUGGUCGGAUCCAGAUAAAGAUGUGCUGGGCUGGGGUGAGAACGACAGGGGCGUGUCCUUCACGUUUGGAGCUGAAGUGGUAGCCAAAUUCCUCCACAAACAUGACCUGGAUCUCAUCUGCCGGGCCCAUCAGGUGGUGGAAGACGGCUACGAGUUCUUUGCUAAGAGGCAGCUGGUGACCCUGUUCUCAGCACCAAACUACUGCGGAGAGUUUGAUAACGCCGGAGCCAUGAUGAGCGUGGACGAGACCCUCAUGUGUUCUUUCCAGAUUUUGAAACCAGCUGAGAAGAAGAAACCAAACUCCAGUCGCCCAGUGACUCCACCCAGGAACAUGGUGACCAAACAGGCCAAGAAAUGAGGCGGGACUUCAUCAUACAGUCUUCAUGCGUCACAGCUCGGGAGGCGUGUCCAUCUGGCUUCCACUGACUCGGAACUGUUGACUGCGUGUGUUAUUUUAAUUCUUGUUGUAUUUUUCUUCUGUUUACGUCCUUUUUCACCAGCGACACGUGGAGUGAACACUCAGAUAUUUUUGUUUUGUUUUGUUUUUUUGGAGACAGCAAUGGCUUUUAUAACCUUAACUACUUCAGGAUGACUCAUCUUGGUUUAAAGCAAGCUCCGCCCAAUGUAACCAUGGCAACACCCUUUCCGCGUUUAUAAAUACAAGGAGAAACUCUGGAGUUUUAAGUUGAAUGUUUCACAUGAUAUUCACUCCUAACGGUUCGUUCAGACCACUGUGAACAAACGUAAUGUUUUCACUUGAUAGUAUGAAGUAGAUGACACCUAAAACAUGUUUGUUCUUUUAUCGUUUGAACGUUUUUCUGCUUUUUAGGUUAGUUUGUGUGCCAUGAGAUUUGUUAUUCAGUGCACUCAUGUUUUAUAAUGCUUUUGUCGUUAUUGUGUCUUGGAAUUCUUUUAAAAGCCGAAAGCAGGAUAUAACAGUACAUGAAUGAAUGAAUGAAUGAAAUCUGUUUGCAGUAUUUGGUGUGUCUGUGAGACAUGGAAUGAAGGAAAUGAAGAUUCUUUGAGGUGGUAACCAACUUGAUGUUCAGUUUGUAUGUCGAAGUUGUUUGUUUUCCUCUUCGUUUUUGACAAGAUGCCUUGUAUUCUUAAGCAUUAUGUCUGGUAUCAGUUGAUUCAUGUAACCGGCGAUGUGUUUGCGUCGCAUUAUGGGCAUGUUGAUUGAUUUCUCACAAAAGGACUUUUUUGUUGCAUGCAUUUAGUAUUGGAAUAAGACACAGGGCCUUGGCUUUCUCAGGGCAUGCGACAUUCAGCAUGUCUUUAGAAUAAUGUAACUCCUCAUCAGGUAUAUCACAUCAGGAAAACUUUUUUCUUGCAAAUUUCUACAGUAUUUCAUAUAAAUUCUAUGUGUAACCUAAACCCACUGUAAAUAUACAGGAAAUGUUUUGUUCAGUCUUGGCAAUAAUUCAGUUUUCAAACUAUAAAUAAUUGGUAUACUUGCGAAAUAAAUGGGAGGAGUGAGAAUCCA